GAACAAAUAGGGACCAGGACAAUGUAUCUGGCUUAUUUUAUCAAGAUUUUGAUACUUGAAAUCUUAUUUUUGACAUGCCUAACAACCAAUACUGUCAAAGGUACCUGUGGAGGGGCUUUCGAUCUCAGUUCUAGAAAUGAUAUAUCUUCUUACAAUCGCAAAAGGAGGUUAACAACAACAGCAUCUUCAACUUAUAGCCAAGUGUCAGGGACAGGAAUUGGAGAAGCUAUCUUAUUUCUAAACCUAAAUGUAACUGUUCAAGCCAAAGAUUCUUCAGGCACAAAUUUAACCACUGGAGGAGAUUACUUCUUAUUCAAUGUAUUUAAUCAGUGUCAAAUAAUCACUUUCGGUCAAUGCGAAAUGAAUGCUGAUGCAUCAGAUAUGCAGCUGAGUCCGAAUUCUCUCUGGAUGACUGAUAAUGGAGAUGGGACAUACUCUGCACAAUAUACUGCGUCUUUAUCUGGAAAUGCCACUGUUUUAAUCUAUCUUUUGCAAUCAGAAGCAGCUCAUGCCGAGAUAUACAGAGGUGUGGCAUUUGGAACUGCCAAUACAACUAUAGAGUCAUGGUCACAAAUCAAUAAACAAAUCGCUGAUAUCAGCACAGUUUAUGGAGAUACUAAAGGCAUCUCCAUGUCUAUCUAUUUCCGUGUUAUUGGACCUCACAACGAGACCAUAGACUUUCAAGUUCAAAGUGAGGACGGAGUAGAUGUUGAGAUAGACGAUACGAAUCAGAUCAACAAGCUUGGAGAAACCUGUUCUCCUUGCCUUUACAACUUCUCUUUAUCCAUGACUGAUGAUAGUUUUAUCAAAUUCAAGAUAAACUACAAAAAGAAGACAGGCAGCGCUGAUGUUCAGCUUUUAUGGAAAUCCACAACACUAGGAGCGACUUAUGUUUUAGUUCCGACUGAGUAUAUUUACAAACAAGAGAUGGUCAGGAACACUACGUAUAAUUGUGAGAUCAAGUGCCCACCCUAUCACUCAGAGACUCACCCAGACCAUACUGGAGAGUGCUACGAGAUUUGUGGAGAUGGGUCCAGGGUUGGAACAGAAAUAUGUGAUGACAACAACACCUUAUCUGGUGAUGGCUGAGAUAAGACUUGAAGAAGUAUUGAACAAGGCUACGUAUGUGAACGCAUGGGAGGUACAUUCUCAUCAGAUAAAUGUGUGCUUUGAAAAUAUGGCUAUGAAGUCAAUGACCUACAAAAUAAGUGAGUGCAGACCAAACUCGAUUAUGUCAGUGAUCUAUUAGGAUUUCUUCCAUUCUUAUUUAUAAUUGUUGACUUUGCACUAAAUCUCUUGUAUAUACUUGCCAACAAAGCUUCAGUAAAUUCUCUAUUUAUAAUGAUAAACUUUUGACAGAUGUGUUCAAUCUUGGUGUUAUUUGAUGCAAGUCUAAAUUACAAGAUCCUCCAAUUUCUUCAGAAACUUUCAAUGUUGUUAUUCCAUUUUGGAGGAAUUUCAAGAGGCCCUUUUGCAUCAUCAAUUCCAGGUUGCAAUCAGUACACUAGGAAAUACUAUUUCUGACUAACAACACAAUUGAUUGAUUUUAACUCAAGAUCUGCCUGGACAAUGCUUUUCUAUCACUUCUUGUUCUUCAUGAUGAUCCUCAUUUUCCAUGGAAUUGUUGCAUGUCAAUAUUAUAAGAAGAAAAUUGAGAAAGACGAGCAAAAAGAGAAGGAAAUUGAUCUAAAUACUUAUGAGAAGUGGUUCAAAUUGACCUCCUUUUCAAUGUACUAUCCUAUCUUCAAGCCUCUCUUCAUGGCAAUGGUUAUAAGUUCUUUUGUUGAGGUCUGUAGCACAUUCUUAUGGGACGGAGUAAACUUUGGCUCGUUUCUCUUCGCUUUUGCAGUCUGGAUUGGCUGCUCAGCUGUUGUAGGUAUCUCAGGGUGGCAAUUCUUCAAAUCUCAAUACAACUUCACCUUUCAAAGGAUGAUAUAUUUCAGACAACUAUUCAAUUGACUGAAAGUUAAUUGGCCUUCGAGAGCUCACCCAUUCUUGUUCUUUGCAAGAAUUUACUCGUUUGUGAUCACAAUUGUGAUUGGAAACUUCGGAGGGCAGAACAUAAUGAUUUAUAUUAUCCUGAUUCAAUGCAGUUACAUCGCUUACUUAGCUGUCGUGAGACCUUUCUAUCAUAACAAGUACAAUAUUAUUUUGGUGAUUAACGAGCUAGCAUUUGUCGUAUUGCUUUGUAUGACUUUACGCAGUAGAAUAAAGACAGGUCUAGCUCAAUCUGUAGAGGGGAUGUUCAUCAUAAUUAUCCUAGCUCCUUUAGGAGCCUCUGUGGUUGUCUCCUUGGGUGCCAUCAUCUUAAUGAUGUUAAGAAGAUCAUAUGACAAAGUUCUAGACAAGCGUGCUCUUCAGCGCCAGAAAGCUCACCAAAAUCCUGAUUUAGCAAAAGUGAGAAAGAACAUCUUCGAUAACCAGAUUGAAGUCUCUAAAGUCUCAGAAAGCAGUAUCUCAGAGAAUGAUCUCCAGAGCGAGAAUCAGGCUAAAAAGUUCCUUAACACUGAUAAGCGAUUCGUUCAGUACAACCAUAAGCCGUUAAGGUCUCAGAACACUCAAAAAUCUGAGAAAAGAGUGGUAAAAAUGGUCAGAUAUCCUAAACCUCCAGCCAGGUAUGAUCUUGGGAGUUAUGAUUAAAUCCAAUGAUGCUUUCAAUA